GUAUAUGUCUGUUGGUCCGAAACUGAUCUUUGGGUCAUAGACUCAUCCGGCAAACGGCGAGACAGAAAAUAAUGGAGGUGAAGGCAAGAGCGCCGGCGAAAAUCAUUCUGGCCGGGGAACAUGCGGUGGUGCACGGAUCCACAGCGGUGGCCGCCGCAAUCAAUCUUUAUACCUAUGUCUCCCUUAGCUUCUCUGUUCCCUCUGAUACUGAUGAAUCAUUGAAGCUCCAACUAAAGGAUGUGUCCUUGGAACUUUCUUGGUCGACUGCAAGAAUAAGAGAUGCUUUUCCAAACCAUGAUAAUGGUGUUGGUUCAUCUCCUUCAUCGUGUUCAUUAGAGACACUAAAAUCAAUUGCUUCAUUGGUGGAAGAACAGAAAAUCCCCGAGGAGAACCGUGGGCUUGUAUCUGGUGUCUCUGCUUUCCUCUGGUUGUAUACCUCCAUUCAUGGAUGCAAACCAGCAAAAGUAGUCGUGCAUUCUGAACUCCCGUUGGGUGCAGGUCUUGGAUCUUCUGCUUCCUUUUGUGUUGCUCUUUCUGCUGCCAUGCUUGCUCUGUCAGACUCAAUUAGUACAGAUUUCAGCCACCAAGCCUGGCAGAUAUUUAGAGAUAGUGAACUGGAAUUGGUUAACAAAUGGGCAUUUGAAGGCGAGAAGAUAAUCCAUGGGAAGCCAUCUGGGGUCGAUAACACAGUAAGCACAUACGGGAACUUGAUCACAUUUAAGUCUGGUGAUUUGGCGUGUCUCAAGACUAACAUGCCACUUAAAAUGCUAGUAACUAAUACAAGAGUUGGCAGAAACACAAAAACCUUAGUGGCUGGUGUCUCAGAGAGGACGAUGAGGCAUCCGAGUACCAUGGCUGCUGUUUUUAAUGCAGUGGAUUGCAUCAGCAAUGAAAUAGCUUCAAUUGUCCAGUCACCAGUUGCUGAUGAUCUUGCAAUAACCGAGAAGGAAGAAAAACUGGGAGAGUUGAUGGAGAUGAACCAAGGUUUGCUACAAUGCAUGGGUGUCAGUCAUUCUUCGAUAGAAACUGUGCUUCGAACAACAGAAAAGUACAAAUUGCAUUCCAAAUUAACAGGAGCUGGUGGAGGAGGCUGCGUUUUGACACUGCUACCAACCUUGCUAUCAGGAACAAUUGUCGAUAAGGUGAUAGCGGAGUUAGAGACAUGUGGGUUCCAAUGUCUAAUUGCUGGAAUUGGCGGGAACGGGGUUGAGGUUUCUGUCAUUGGAUCAUCUCUAUGAUAACAUAUGCAGAAGAAUCUGCAGUUUAUAUUCCAUUUCAGGGUCUGGUACUCUUUGAUCUUUAAUAAUUUCGUUGCAUCUUUUCCAUGAAUAUCAUCAGCUUAAAGCAUACAAACCUUCAUAUAGAAUCAAGAAAGUCAACAUGAAAGAAAACAUGCAACUUCAAUGGUAUUGUUUUUCCUUUUUAAAAAAGUUUUCGUGUUUGCCGACUCCUAAUCAGUGUAUUAGUGAGCUGAACAAUGAAAGUUUGUUGCUUUAAAUGAUUUGAGUACUAAUUAUGUUCAUG